AUGGAGCCAUCUGGCUUGAUCAACGAUAAGUAUUAUACAAGCUUCAUUCCUACAAAGUCGGCCCAAGCCAUUCAAAAGGCUGGUUCGCAUUUGUACUGUUGUGAAGACCUAGUCGUGAAGGGAAAGUUGGGUCAUGGUAACGCACUAUCAAGCUCUUUGAAUCACGAGAACGUUUUAAAGUUAUACGGCUCGUGCGUCAUCGGUGCUCGUUUCGCUUGCCUUACCGAGUUCAUCAAUGGUGGCAGUUUGGCUGAUCUGCUCUCCGCAAAAUCCCUUGACUUGCCUUGGUCCGUCCGAAUCAGUCUCGGGUUGGAUAUAGCCAAAGGACUUCAUCAUCUUCACAGUCAUAAUUUGAUCCAUCGUGAUUUAUCAUCUGCGAACAUUCUAAUUCGAAUCGGCCGGUUCCCAUACCUUACCAUCGACGACGAGUUGGAUGCAUCCAAACUGCAUAUCACAGAUCCCCUUGUGUACGGUUUGUCCAAAGGACGAAACGUAACUCUCUCCGGUGCCUCUGCCUUCCUCUCAGACUGCCCGAACGGAUUGGCCCUUCAAUCCUCCGCGCUCAAAUCCGCACAUUUGGCCACCAGGUUGCUGCCUACUCACACAGGGAGCAACUCCAACGGUAGCGUAAUCCAAUCGCCCAAAAACGGAUCCUCUAUCGGAUGGGGCCGUGAUCAAACGGGUGGUGACACUGUGACCCAUUUUCUGGACACUGAUUUCUUGUUGUAUUCUACGCAAAAUGACAAGCCUUCUACGAACGGCUCCCUUUCCUUGCCUGUCAUCGAGCCGGUGUGGAAACAAGCCGCUUGGCCAGUGCCCGCAAUGCAGUUGGAUGUACGGCAUCUCCAAUACUCCGCUGUUGUCGCUGAUCUUGGACUGUGCCUGGAUCUCAGUCAGGAGCACGCGGAUACCGUGUCCUUGGUUGGCCAUCCGUAUUACAUCGCUCCGGAAUGCCUCAAUCGGGUAUCACCGUACACGUUUGCCGCGGAUGUCUUCUCUUUUGGGUUGCUUUUGUGCGAAUUGAUUACACGUCUCCUCAACGAUGGAACUAGGAUACCACGAACACAGGAAUUUGGUUUGGAUCACAGCAAGCUUCCUGUCCCCGUGACCUGUCCUCGAUGGUACUUGCAGACAGCACUUGAUUGCUGUAUCGUAGAUCACACCCGGCGUCCCACCUUGGAUUCCAUCAUAUCACGGUUCGCAGAGCAAUUUUUUGACAUGGUUGACGACCGUUCAUCGCCCGGAACCACCGCCAUCACGCUCAUCAGAAGUGGCCAGAAUUUGUCUCCAGUCUCACUAAUUCCCACUGUGUCCAACGAUGCUGGCGUUGCUCCGGUAGAUGUUCCUUACUGAAAACAAAGUGAAUUACCUCCACCGCUCUCUUCAAAUCGCAGACGCGCGUGUUCUCAAGCGAACGGUAUCUCCACGCUCCCUCAUUUAUGCUGUAUUUUGAUUUUGAACGAGCAUUUCACCUAUUACAUCAGUAAAUAGGUUGGUACCGUGCCAGGCAUAUCACCACUCGAUCGUCGCUUCGACCAAAGCGCACACGUGUACAACAUUCCACGCUGCAAUGGAUAGACUCGCGAACACACAAUCUUUUGUUGCUCAUUUUCUCUGUUUGGAGUGAACCUUAGGAUCAAAUCGUAUCCCCCCCUCUUCCUCUACUCCCAUUGCCCAGUCAUGUGUAAUUUUAUGUAUAGACAGACUGCGCCAAUUUCUCCAUUGUUGUAGUGUCUGAUUGAGGUUACCACCCUGUAGGUUGAGCCUAUUCCGGUUCACCCACCUCUUAGUGUCUUCCAUUUGUCACGAAACUAAUAACGAACCUGGGACCAAUCCAAGCGUUGCCACUUACAGACGUGGUGGACACCCAGCAGCAACGUGUCUGUAUAUAGCACGCCGACUGUGAAUACCUCAAUAGUGGACCCUCCCCCCUCCACCGUUCUGUGCGCUGAAUCGUUCGCUUUUUAGGGCAACUACUUGCAAUUCAAGCUAAGAUUUCUUUCUCUUUUCUGUAGUUUGAUUUGCGUUGUAUUGCAUCCCCCCAGACAGUAAAUUCAAGUACACACACA